AUGUUAUUCACGUUUAAUGUUCCACUUCCACAUUUACCUUGUUUUCCACAUUUAUUUCUCAUGUUGGGUAGGAAGUAAAGAACUGGAGCAAUAAAUGAGCUGGAGUUUAUUUAGUACAUUUUGAUUUCUGGGUUUGCUUUAAAAAUUUAGAUAGCUUCAUAUAAAAAAACCUUUUUUUUUUUUUUUUUUUUCAGUUUGUUAUAGUCUGUGCUAAACAUAAUUGGUGUGAGUGAUUCAGUUAGAGCGGUUUAUGGAACUUUCUAACUGAAAAAAUUGUAGUUUAUUUAAGCUUUACUCAAGAGUGUGUUCUUGGAAAAGAGUUGGUAAGUUUUUCAAUUUGUGAGUCUUGAAAAAGAGUCUGCCAUUGCAUUUAGAGUCCAUGGCAUCAGUUAUAGGUUUCAGGGUAUUGCCCUUUUUUGUGUCAAAUUCUGAGAAUAAGUAUGGGAGUAGAGUGCAAGUGAGGAGUUUAGGUGAUGCUGAUGCUAAAUUGUUAUCCUCAGACUCAGUUGUGGUGAAUGGAACUUCUAUAGGUGGGGAGAGAGGGAAAGGUGGGACUUCAAUUGACCAAGGAAAUGGGCAUUUAAGGUCUAAAGUUGAGGAGAAGAGGAGAGUAAAGGAUGAAGCUUUGGAAACUUUGAAGCCUUUGUGGAAUGAUGGAUAUGGGACUGAGACUGUCAGAGAUUUCUUUGAUAUGGCCAAAGACAUUGUUAAGCAUGAUGGCGGGCCCCCACGGUGGUUUUGCCCCAUUUCUUGCGGACGCCCUUUGAAGGAUUCUCCAAUUCUUCUCUUUUUGCCAGGGAUGGAUGGUACUGGUUUGGGACUUGUUCUGCACCAUAAAGCUCUUGGGAAGGCUUUUGAGGUCUGGUGCCUUCAUAUCCCUGUUCAUGAUCGUACACCAUUUGAAGGGCUGGUAAAACUUGUAGAAGAAACUGUCAGGUUUGAGCAUUCUUUAUCUCCACAUAAGCCAAUUUAUUUGGUUGGGGAUUCCUUUGGAGGAUGCCUAGCACUUGCUGUUGCUUCUCGUAAUCCUGCCAUUGACCUAGUUCUGAUAUUAUCAAAUCCAGCAACAUCAUUUGGCAGGUCUCAGCUGCAACCAUUGUUUCCUAUCUUGGAGGCUAUGCCUGAUGGACUCCAUAGCGCAGUUCCCUAUCUUCUUAGCUCUAUCAUGGGUGAUCCAGUGAAGAUGGCUGCAGUCAAUAUUGAAAGCAGUUUUCCUCCUGGGCAAAGAUUUGAAAGGCUGUCUCGCAGCCUCACUGGGUUGUUACCAUAUCUUUCUGGUUUUGAUGAUAUUAUACCAAGGGACACUCUUCUUUGGAAGCUGAAGCUGCUUAAAUCAGCUGCUGCUUAUGCCAAUUCCCGUCUCCAUGCUGUUAAAGCUGAAGUUCUUGUCUUGGCUAGUGGCAAGGAUAACAUGCUUCCUAGUAGAGAUGAAGCCGAACGACUUAAGAACUCAUUACAAGAUUGUAUUGUUCGUCACUUCAAGGACAAUGGGCAUACCCUUUUAUUGGAAGAUGGAAUUGGUUUGAUGACGGUUAUUAAGGGUACUUGCAAAUUUCGUCGUUCAAGGAGGCAUUCUUAUGCCUCUGAUUUUCUUCCUCCUAGUAUGACAGAACUCAACUAUGUCUGUGAUCAAAUAAUCGGGUUGCUUCGCUUGGCUUCUGGUUCAAUACUGUUCUCAACUUUGGAAGAUGGAAAGAUAGUGAAGGGUCUUUCCGGGGUUCCAAAUGAAGGUCCUGUGAUAUUAGUUGGUUAUCACAUGUUGAUGGGAGUUGAACUCUCUUCACUUGCUGAAGGAUUCUUAAGGGAAAAGAACAUUAUGGUUCGUGGCUUAGCACAUCCCAUGUUGUUUUCGAGGACAGCCGAGAGUUCAUCUUCUGAUUUUUCUUUAAGUGAUUGGAUGAGAGUGUUUGGCGCAGUGCCUGUUACCCCAAGCAAUAUUUUCAAAUUGCUUUCAACAAAAUCACAUGUGCUUCUUUAUCCUGGUGGUUCACGUGAGGCUCUGCAUUACAAGGGAGAAGAAUACAAAUUAUUUUGGCCUGAUCAGCAGGAAUUUGUGAGGAUGGCAGCACGGUUUGGGGCCACCAUUGUACCAUUUGGAGUUGUGGGUGAAGAUGAUGUAGCAGAAUUGGUCCUUGAUUACAACGACCUAAUGAAAAUCCCGGUGGUUAAUGAUCUUGUGAAAGAUGCCAAUGAAAAAGCAAUAAGAGUGAGGGAUGAGGCAAGUGGGGAGGUUGCCAGCCAAAAGUUCUUUAUUCCGUUGCUUAUGCCCAAAAUACCUGGUCGCUUCUACUAUCUGUUUGGGAAGCCAAUAAAAACAAAGGGAAGGGAAGACAUCCUGAAGGACAAACAAGUUGCAAACCAAUUGUACUUGCAGGUAAAAUCUGAGGUUGAACGCCAAAUGUCAUUCUUGAUUAAGAAGCGGCAGGAGGAUCCUUAUAGGAGUAUUGUUGAUAGAACAUUGUAUAAGGCAAUCUAUGCUCCUUCACAUGAAGUUCCAGCAUUUGAGCCCUAAAUAAUGGUUUUGAGAGAUAAAAAAUAGAAUGAAAAUUUGGUUGACCGUACUAUGGCUGUUUGGGAGCACACCUCCAUGCACAAAGCACAAUUGCACACCACCUGAGAGGACAUCUUCCAGGAUGCAUAGAUUUCUGUUCAAUUGAAGAGUGUCUGUACAGCACAUUUUUUCUUAAACACAAUCAACAAAACUCUUGUCAGAUCUCAAAAGUUAUCUAUAAUCAUUUUUAAUAAAGACUUUUCUGAAAUUCAUUGUUCA